GACUACUUCUGAUCGUCGAUCCGAAUCCAGUCACAACUCAAAAACAAUUAGGCAUGACUGAUCAGUCGGUGUCUGUUACUGUACUCCACCCUCUCCUUCUCCUUCUCAUCUCAUCUUCUCUCCCACUACUCGUCUUCUCCGACGCCCAAAUCUGCACCCCUCACGACCAAAGACUCCUCCAGACAAUCAAUAAAUCCUUUGAUACCCAGUGGUUCGACUACAGAUGCGACCCUACGACCAAGCGCGUCACCCAGCUCUCCAUCUCCCAAGCAACCAUCUCCGGUGGGAUUCCGCCGGCCAUUGGCAAACUCUCUAGCCUCGAAUCCUUAAACCUCUUCGUGGUAAACAACCUCACUGGCCCCAUUCCUUCUUUCAUCGGAAAAUUACGCAACCUCAAGCAAUUCACCAUCUACUCCACCAAUAUCUCCGGACCCAUCCCUGCUUUCCUCAGCCGUCUCACAAAGCUUGAGGGUCUCCAUUUGUCAAACAACCAGCUCUCAGGACCACUCCCGGCUUUUCUCAGUGAUCUCCCCAAAUUGAUUUGGAUAAAUCUCGAUAACAACAGGUUCUCCGGAAGCAUCCCCCACUCGUUUGGGAAAUUCAAUGACAGUCUCACUGUCUUGGACCUGUCUUACAACCAGCUAUCCGGUAAGAUCCCCGAAUCUUUAGGUAGAUUCAACUUCCAGAUGAUCUAUCUUUCAAAUAACAAGCUCGUCGGGGAUGCUUCGAUGUUAAUCAAAGCGAACGAGACUGUGGAAGGUGGUAUCAGGAUCGAUUUGUCGGGGAAUUUACUGAACUUUAAUCUGUCCAAGGUGAGCUUCCAUAGGAACUUGAUGUACUUGGAUUUGUCGCGAAACAGGAUUUGGGGGACCAUUCCCAACCAGAUCACCGAAUUAUCGUUUCUGGACUACUUCAAUGUGAGUUAUAAUCGGCUGUGUGGAAAGAUUCCGUUCGGUGGGAGGGUGCAGAUAGCCGGAGUUUUUGACCAUAAUCAGUGUUUGUGUGGUUCUCCCCUCCCGGAGUGCAAGUAGACUGGCCGGCGUAAUGAAAUUUUCGGGUGUAUUAAAUUUGGUGUGAGGGAGGGAAUAAGUUCUCAAAAUCACUCAUAAGUCAGAAAUAUCAACUAUGGAAGUAUAGAUAUGGUUGACAAGAAGAAAAUAUUUCAUUUUGGCAAUGUGAUGUAUUUAGCCUACAAAUGUUGACUAGUUUGUUUGUUUGUUUGUUACGUUUGAGUUCCACCGCGUAGGCGCGUACGACCAUCUGCCUUUCAAAACCCGGCCACCUAAUUAGCGAUGAACAUGGGCCGGAACGGGUUAAGCAUUUUUAGGGCUGUCAUGACCCGCCCCAGCCCAUACCUAGAGCCUAAUAAUAUGAAUGAGAAUGGGCCUGGGCCGGCAUCCGAGUUUGUUUGUAUAAAAUUUUAGGGUAGAUUACAAAUAUAUUGUACUUUUGGGGUAGUGAUAGAUAGGUAUUUUGAAUUUUCAAUUGCAACAGUUAGAAUAAUCUGAACUCUCAAAACUAGACAUUAUUACAUAAUGUCAAAAAUACCCUUCUCAUGUAUUUUUGAGAUUAUUUUGUGGAAUAAAAUCAUCACCAAAGAAUGCUAUCGUCGGAAAA